UGCCGGGAGACGUACCUGGAGUUCCUCUGGCAACACAAAUCCUCGGUGGACAGGAUGCAGCAGUUGAACACGGCCCACCAGGAGGCGCUGGCGAGGCUGGAGAAGCUGGAUUCCGUCCCAGCGGAGGAGCAGGCGGAGUUCCAGCAGCUGUCGGAGGAGAUCCAGGAGCUGCAGCAGCUGCUGAACCAGGACUUCCGGCAGAAGACGACGCUGCUGCAGGAGCGCAACGCCCAGAAGAAGGCCGAGCUGUCGGGGAAAGCCAAGCACCUGAACGAGCUGAAACUGUCCGUGGUGUCCUUGAAGGAAGUGCAAGAGGGUCUGAAGACCAAAGUGGUGGAUUCUCCAGAGAAGUUGAAGAAUUACAAAGAGAAAAUGAAAGACACAGUGCAGAAGCUCAAAAAUUCCAGGCUCGAGGUCAUGGAGAAGUACGAGCUCUACCGCGACUCGGUGGACGGGCUGCCGUCCUGCCAGCUGGAGGUGCAGCUGUACCAGAAGAAGAUCCAGGACCUCCCGGGAGCAGCGAGGUCCGCCCGGGGCACUUGCAGUCCGGUGCCCCAGCACUCAGGCUCCCCGCGAGGGUCCAUCCACCCGAAAACGAUGAUGUUUGCCCCCAGAGGAAAGCUCACGGGACCCCGUUUGGCGCCCGAUUCGAACGCUCCAGCCGCCAGGAGAGCGCGAGGGGGUCCAGACGCCACCUCCCAGCCCCCGGCGUGA